AUGGCCAGCAAGACGGCCGUGACAUGCCUGCGACGCUUCAGGUCGAGCCAUGUCGGCCACCUCCAACGCGCCUUCUCAGCAUCCGCCCAGACACGAACGGAUGGAGUGUUUCGAGCAUUGACGACACAGCGCAACGAAAAGCCAUGGGUGGAAGCAUUUCGCGAGCAGCAAGCCAAAGACAGCAAUGCCAAAGGAGCGUCUGGACAAAGUUCCGCUUUGAAAGAUCGUGAUCUUUCACCCAAGAGGAUGUCCGAUUCGUAUCACAGCGUGAUACUGCCACUCGCUCAAGACCCAUGGCUGUUGGAUACAUAUAUGAAUGCAACUGGUCAUAUCCGUAUCGGAACGAUCCUAAUGGACUUGGACGCCUUGUCUGGAGUCGUUGCAUACAAACACACUGGCGAUGGCGUCACUACCGUAACGGCAGCCUGCGACCGGAUCACCAUCAAUCACCCAUUGACAGAGGUCUGUGAUCUGGAAUACAGUGGCAAAGUCACGUAUGCCUCAGGUCGCAGCAGCAUGGAGAUCACUCUACAGGUUGCCAAAGCGCCGAAGGAAGGAGAGCAGACCAAACCAGAGGAUGUGAUGUUGACGUGUCAGUUCACUAUGGUCUCUCUAGAUCCUGAGACCAGGAAGCCGGUCAACAUUCCUGCGGUGAGGACCGACACUGAAGAAGAAAGAGAGAUCUACGCUCAAGGCGAGAAGAACAGCCUUCAUCGCAAAGAGCUAGGAAAGCGAUCUCUGCUGAAGCAGACUCCUAACGAUGAAGAGAGCGAUCUUAUUCAUGCGAUCUGGCAGAAGCAGCUGCAGUACCACGACCCAGCUGAUCCGCUACGCAAGCCAUCCAACCUGCAUGCCAUGUCCAGGACUCAGCUCAAUACUGCAACGAUUAUGCAACCUCAAUACCGCAAUCGACAUCAGUUCAUGAUCUUCGGUGGCUACCUCCUGAAACAGACCUUCGAACUCGCUUUCUGCUGCGCCGCCAGUUUCGCACACGCACGACCCACAUUCGUGUCCCUAGAUCCAUCUACCUUCCAGAACCCGGUCCCCGUCGGCAGCGUUCUCUACCUGACAGCCACGGUCGUCUUCACCGAUCCACCAAUGGUCGCCUCAGACUCUGAAGGCAAAUCUGCAGAGCAACAGCGGUCAGAGAACAGUCGCACUCGUGUCCAGGUUCGUGUUGACAGUAAGGUCCGUGAUGUCGAGCACGGCCAAGCCAAGCCAACAGGGCAGUUCAACUACACAUUCACGGUGGAUAAGGAUAUCAAGGUCAUGCCGCAGACCUAUACUGAGUUCAUGAUGUAUGUGGAUGCCAGACGACGAGCGGAGAGGGUUUUGGAGAGUAUGCAGCAUGGAGAUAUGGACAGUGGGACCCAGGACAGGGUCACAGAAUAG